AUGGCGCCUCCCCUUUCUCUUCCCACUACGGCUCGUCUGCCUUCUUCUCUUCACGUCAACUCUUCCAAUCCCUCUGUCAUAAAGGUUCUUAAUCGACUCUCGCGGCCAUCACUUUUGUCUCUCGUUCUCGACUGGCUCGAGCCCAGCAACGGGUCUCUCUGUCAUCCGUUUCUUCGCGAAAAUCUAUCCGACGAUGAAGAUGAGGAUGAAUUCGACAACGACCUGUACCCACCGGCGUCCACGCUGGCUGAGCUUCGGGAGCUGUACGUAGAUAUGCAGACACGAAAGGGCAGCAGACGUGAAGUCGUGGACCGUAUACUCGAAGGGGAUUGGCGAGAAGGCUUGACCCUUUACCAGCUCGCUAUGGCUGAUCUACAAUACUUAUAUGAUCAUCCGGGGACACUGAAGUGGGCUUGCUACAAGAUACAGCGCUUAAAGACACCCAGGCAUGAGGACGACGUCGAAGCCGACCGCAACUACGAUACGAUCGACAAGCUGGCUAUGCACGUCCCACGCUUCCAUCCCAGUACCUUUUUGCAGAACCUACAAGCUGAGGUGCUUCCGGAUGUCAAGGCGCAUUAUAACUUUGACCGGCCCAAAGGCCUCCCGCUUCUUCUCCUCCGCAUCUUUGUGCUCGACUCUCCAUAUAACACCGACCUCGCCGUCUCCGCUACGUCUGGAUCCACGUCUUCAGGGGCCCGCACGGUGACAAGUUUUGAUGCUUCGCGCACUAUAUAUGUUGCGUUCCCCGAUGCAUCUCCGCACAUCUUCGUCAGCAAGUCGCAGAGUGCGGGACCAACAACACACGCCGAGACAAGAUCCUUACGUGCCCUUGUUGUAGAGGGCAUUCCUAAAGCCUUGUCUCGCCCACGUGAGCGGUACUCCCUCAAAACAACUAACCUUCAGACAAAAAACCUCGACGCUAUGCUCAGUCUACGUGGAUCAGGGCGCAGUAACGCGGCUGCUGGUGGAUGGAGUGUGUACGCGGGUGACAAGGCGGCCGACGCGCGAACUCAUAGUCCACUCAAUUCGCUACUGCCCACGCCGCCACUUUCGGACGAUGCUGCCGGGGAAGACGAAGAGCAGACAGUUGGUUUCGGCAACGGAAAGCCAAACACACUGAAGCGGACUUUUGAUUCGGAGUUGUCAGAAGAGGAAAACCGGCGUAAACGUACGCGACUAGUGGCACAGGCGCGCUUCGGAGAUAAUGCUAAAAUGGAUGAUGGGAAAGGUAUUGAAAGGGUGGAUAUUUUGAUUGAAGACCCUUUUCCAGUGUCGGAGCUGGACUUUGAGAAUGAAAGCGAUGGCCAAGACGUGGGGGAAUUGAACUCAUCACAUCCUCGGAAACCGAAAGGUCGUCGAAGUAGUCUGGAUGCUAGCCUCUUGGAAGAGGCCGAAGGAGACGAAGAUGAAGAUUCCGAACUACAGCGACAAGAUUACGACCGGGACAGAGGUGCUAGCGAAAACGUGCCUCGUGUCAUGGGAAGACGAGCGCGAGAAGGUGAUAGGGGUCGAGAGAAGUGGGCAUGGCGUCCCAAUGUUCGACUUUCACUCCAUGGACCCCACGUCUUUGCGGGCAUUCGCCAACUUGUGGAAGCUGGCUUUAUCGAUGGUGAGCGAAUGCCGGGGUGGAUGACAGGCGAGGAUGGGGUCACGAGAGGAGCUGUGAGAAAUGGGAGGGUUAAAGGGUUUAAAGGCUCUGGUUUAUGA